CGCGUUGCACGCUUCUUCCAUCUGCGAUCUCAUGUUCGCCUGCAUGCAUUCCCGCACCUUGCUCUUGACCAUCACCGUCGAUGGAGCUCGUCAAAGCAGACUCACCGAAACCCAAGGACUUCAAGAGCUUCCUGAAGGACCCGCCCUUCCUUCCAGCCCUCCUCCGACGGAACAGCACCAAGGACGCUGAGUCAAAAGACUCCGCGGAACUUUCGCGCCUGAUCGUCGAGGGCCACGACAUUCUCGGGCAGGCUGCGGACCUCAUCGCGCAGAACCGGUGGAGAGGGGACAAGAUCGUUGACCUGGACAACCGCUGGGCGGUCCUCUACAGCACGGCGCCUGUCCUGCGCAAGAUCACGAAGGGCCGUAUACAUCCCGUCCAGUUCAACAACGAAGCGCGCACGCUCCUGGCGGAUGUACAGGCGUACCUAUCGCAAUUCCCCUCCGAGCCUGAGCGUCUGCAACCCGAUGUAUACAUUCAGCCGCCACGGCGAAGCAACUCCAAGUCCAAACACGACGUGUCCCGCUCUUCAUCCCGCAAGCACCAUCGUAACGACUCACUGCCGGUAAUACCCAUGACGCCCAUCACGGAGGAGGCACCAGGAAGGGUAUCCAGAUCGCAGUCUGUGAGGCCCUCUGCGACCGACAGGGAACGCAAGACUUCAUCUCGGCCGAAGGAGAUGAGCAGACAUGCUUCCGACUCGAGGGCACUCAAGUCGACGGUUCCUGAGACGCGCGACAAGGAGCGUUCACAUCGCCGCGAUAAGCCAGAGCUUGAGCGCUCGCACACAGAACGACGGCACGAGAGUCAUUCUCGCACUGAGGGGCACCACACCUCGCGCGACAAGGAGUCUUCACGCCACAGCGAUCGACACCGUGAAGGCCAUCGCUCGCGUAAAGAUACUGAGAACGAACACCACUCGUCUCACCGGAAACGCCAUGAGUCGAAGGAGCCUACGGAGCACAAGCCCAAAGCAUACGAUGAUAAGCCCCGUCGCGGAUUGCCUCCGGCCGUUUUGCCUCAGCUUCCGCCAGCCUCCAUGCCUCCGCCGCAGGCUGUCACCUAUGUCCCAUAUCCUGGUAUGAGUAGGGAAGAGCCACGCAAACACAAGUCGAGCCGAUCGCACGAUCACGGGCAUCGCGAGCGGGAGCAUAUCACGUCCUCGCCCCAUCGCUCAUCGUCAAAGCGGCAUCAUUCGUCGAGGCAUACCUCCAAGCCGCGACCGGGAGAACGCGAGUAUGGAUCUCGCUUCCGUGAGGACUUGUCAGAUUAUAUUCCCCGUUGACCUUCGUUGACUAUGUAUGAGCAUCUGCUGCUGCUUUUGUUUAUCGCUUCGACUUCGUUCGCGUUGCAGCAUGCCUUCUAACUUGCUUAUUCUAUGACGCACAGCAACUAGACUGUUGUCUUAUUAUUGGAAGAGAUCUAACCCACUACUUUCGCUAUCGUAUACACGAACUACUACUAAAUGGGAACCUGUACUACUAUAUGUAUAUUGUCUAUGGGUGUGGUGAUUAGGUUGAUGUGGUCCUGUAUUGUACAAUGUCAUUGCCUGCCCGACAA